AUGGCCUGGCAGGGCUGGCCCGGGCCGUGGCUGUGGGUCACCGGCUGCGGGCUGCUGCUCUUCGUCUGCGUCCUGCUCCUGAGCCCCCGCGGUUGCCGAGCGCGGCGGGGCAGACGCGGCCUGCUCAUGGCGCGCAGCCAGCGGCUGCUCUUCCGAAUCGGGUACAGCCUGUACACCCGCACCUGGCUCGGGUACCUCUUCUACCGACAGCAGCUGCGCAGGGCGCGGAAUCGCUACCCCAAAGGCCACUCCAAAACCCAGCCCCGCCUCUUCAACGGAGUGAAGGUGCUUCCCAUCCCCGUGCUCUCGGACAACUACAGCUACCUCAUCAUUGACACCCAGGCCCGGCUGGCUGUGGCUGUGGACCCUUCAGACCCUCGGGCUGUGCAGGCUUCCAUUGAAAAGGAGGGUGUUACCUUGGUGGCCAUCCUCUGUACCCACAAGCACUGGGACCACAGCGGAGGAAACCGGGACCUCAGCCGGCGGCACCGGGACUGUCGGGUAUAUGGGAGCCCUCAGGACGGCAUCCCUUACCUCACCCAUCCCCUGUGUCAUCAAGAUGUGGUCAGCGUGGGACAGCUUCAGAUCCGGGCUCUGGCCACCCCUGGCCACACACAAGGCCAUCUGGUCUACCUACUGGACGGGGAGCCCUACAAGGGUCCUUCCUGCCUCUUCUCAGGAGACUUGCUCUUCCUCUCUGGCUGUGGACGGACCUUUGAGGGCACCGCAGAGACCAUGCUGAGCUCGCUGGACACUGUGCUGGGGCUGGGGGACGACACCCUGCUGUGGCCUGGUCAUGAGUACGCAGAGGAGAACCUGGGCUUCGCAGGUGUGGUGGAGCCCGAGAACCUGGCCCGGGAAAGGAAGCUGCAGUGGGUGCAGAGGCAGCGGAUGGAACGCAAGAGCACGUGCCCAUCCACCCUGGGAGAGGAGCGCUCCUACAACCCAUUCCUGAGGACCCACUGCCUGGCGCUGCAGGAGGCUCUGGGGCCAGGCCCGGGCUCCAUGGGGGACGAUGACUGCUCCCGGGCCCAGCUCCUGGAGGAGCUCCGCCGGCUGAAGGACAUGCACAAGAACAAGUGACACCCCAGCCCAGCCCAGCCCACCCCCACAGUGGGGAGGCCACCCAUCACCGCACCUCGCCACCCCUUCAACACUAACACCACCACUUCCAUCGGCGCCCAUGGUGGGCAUCAUUUCCCCACGCUUGUCAGAGGGAGGAGAGGGAGACUGGGAGGAAGGGGGCUGGUUCAAGGCUUGGGGACCCCACAGCGGGAGGCUGAGUCACCAAGGGUGAGAGGAAAGAAGAGGCCUUGGGACAUCUCCAGACCUGCUAACUGGGAAGAUCCCCUCCUCCCUUCCCCUACUCCUAGGACAGCAGCGAGGACAUGGAUACUGCUGUUAGCUCCCCCCUCGGGAGGCCUCACCUCACUGUUGUCUGGAACCCAGGGCAGCAGGAGCCCAGACCAACUUGAGUCCAUCUUCCCCCUUCCUCAUCCGGGGUCGGGGAAGAAACUCAGCCCCCUAAAGUGGCCCAAGUGUGGUGCCUUGGAAGAGGGGUCACUCAGAGGGGCGGCUAGACUCUGGUUUACUGAGACUCUGUCCCUCCCCCAGCCUCUCUGCUCCCAGCCCAUCCCUGCAAAGGCAUUUUUCAGACAGACCUAUUCCUGAGAACACCAAAAGGGCUGGAAUUGUGGCUGUUUGGCCAGUCUCUGCCUAAGUGGCUCCCCUGUAGCCUGGAAGAGGGAGGGCCCUGGUGGCCGAGGAAACAUCGACCUCAGGCUGAGGAGGCACAAGAGGCUGGGAUGUGGAGCCCAACAGUCUUGCAGGUCACAUGCUCUCACCAUACAUCUGGCCGGGUCCUGCCCGCUGGCCUCUGCCCCUGACUUGGGCCAAAAGGGCCCCUCCUUCCCAGGGAGGAGAGAGCACGGUCCCCAGGGCCACUACGGGUUUCUCAUUUUGGCCCUUAUUCUUGGGAACGUCUGCCUGCCUUCCUCUACUAACUUAAUCUCUUUUGCUUUAUCCUCAAUCCCCUUUCCUCUUUUAGUUAAUAAAGAUUUAUUUGUUUUGUUUAUUUUUUUCUUUCCCCUCUCCCCUCCUCCCGCAGUUUAAAGAUUUAUUUUUUAACCCUGACUUUUAUCUUGGCCCCAUCCCAACUGGGGAGAGGAGGGCUCUGUGCAGCAGAGUGCAGAACUCAGAAGUUGGGAGCAAAGGCCUGAGAGAGCGGCAGCUGCCAGGACCCCAGGCCUGGCUUCCCCAUCUGCUCACCCCUCCUGCAGCUCUGCCUCUCCUCUGCUCUUGGUCCAGGCCCCUUUGGGGCCACAGUGAGGAACCGUAUGGUCCUCAAGCAGGCAGACCUUGGGUCAGCCAGGAGCCUUCUCUUCCUGUGUCGAAGCCUUCCCUCAGGCUCUGCUCACCUCUGGUGACCCGCUGAAAUGCCCCCUGCCCUCAGUUUCCCCUUAUCAUCCGGCCUCUGCUGCUCUCUCCAGCCACAGCCUCUGGUACCCACUCUAGCGAUACUACCAGACUAGUUAAAGAGUUUCCUGCCCCAGGACAUGCAGUUUCACGCCUCUGUGCCUUCGCUCAUUCUAAUGCUGUUUCUUUCGACUGGAAUGCCUUCCCUGCUCCUCCUGCCUUGUCUGCCUGGCAAACACCUAUUCAUCUCUCAUGAUCCCAUUAAAGGCCCCCUCCUCCAGGAACGCAACCCCCAUGCCCCUCCCUUCAAGGCUACCUCUGCACUUUGUAAAUGCUUCUCUUGUGGCACUUAUCCCACUGUUUUACUUGUUUACAUGUUUGUCUUCCCCUCUAGACUGAAUCCUUAAGGGCAUGGACUGUAUCUUAUGCAUCUCUGUAUU